GGACUACUCCUCCAGUCCUGCUCAAGAUAAACGAGGUAAGAUACUCUUCCUCUUAUCCCCUUGCCUCGCGCCGCCGCCACCGGACCAAUCCACAGCCAAUCCAAUCCCCCUCUGUCUCUUUUUGGCCGCCGGCGAUGGCGCUGGUGCCCAACCCCAGCGUUCCGGGUAUCCGGAUCUGCCGGCCGAAAAUCAUAUCUGACUACCCCUUGCCCGACGAAGAAUCCAAUUCCAGAUCUUAUCUGCUGAAGAAGAUCGGCUCCUUCUACCGCAAGGCGCGGAGGCGGCUCGACAGCCGCCGCCGCCGCGUGCAGGCGCACGGCCUCUGCGUCGGCCUCCUCGACCCGGUCUCCAACAUCGUCAUCAACAGUAUCACCGACUCCUGCAAAGGUGAGCGCAAACGCGAGGGCGAGGUUGUGCUACAGGAGGACCUGCGGCGCCGUUCGCUUGACGGCCUGGUGGUCUUCCUCACCCGCAUGUUCCCCAACCUCGCGGAGGGCCUGGCCGUGCGCUACCUGCGCGUCGCCAAGGCCGACGUCCUCAUCGCUGCCUGCGUCAUCGUGUCGGACCACGGCAUCAAGGGAUUCGGCAACUCCGACGCCGAGCCUGCCCUCAUCAACAUGGCCCUCAAGUGCGCCGGGCUGGCCGCUAGGCACCCUGACCCCAAGCGCCUAGUCUACGCCUGGCAAAAGAUCUGCAAUUGCAUAGAAGACGCCCUGGGCCUGCUUGAGAUGAUCCAGGAACCAAGCCGCAUCCCGCAGGUCAUCAGGCAGCUCGCCUUUAUGGUUACCGAGGGACCGCCGGCCAGUGAAUUAGCUGUGCGGCAUGCGUGGAUGCUCGCAGAAGCUUCUGUUCGCCGCCGUCCCCGAAGCUUGCAACAACCGCACACUCACUUGUGCAGCCGGACGCUCCAGGACACAAUCCACGGGUACUAUCUCGAGGCCCUCGCUCGGCUGCCAGCAGGCUCUUGCUUCCACCGCAGCCUGAUCAAGGCUGGCCACUGCUACGGCCCCCUUGACCCCGUCUCCAACAUCAUCAUCAACACCAUCUGGUACCACACCGCGUUCCCACCUUCCAUGAAACUCGAGCUGAAUGCGAUUGGCACGCGGAGCCUCCACCGAGUGGCAAACCGCUCCUUGUACGGUCUGGCCUCCUUCCUAUGCACGCGUUACCAUGGCAUUAAUUUCCAUCAAGCUGUGUGCCUCCUGCUCCAGGCAGAUGGCAACCUGGCGCGCGCUGAUCCCUUCCUUGAUCCUGAUUCCCACCUUCCCUAUGGUCAAGUUCAAUGCCACCCGGACACCGGUCCCAAAGAAGCCUUCCUGGCAGCUGCCACCGCAGCCUGUCACCCCAACCCAGACGCUCAAGUAAAGUUUCUCACUUCGUGUAAGGAGGCGCUGGAGACUGCCUUGUCUUUGCUGCGUCGGGACUCUCACAAGCUCUCCACUCAAGAUGUUCAGCAGCUUGCCAGGUUGCUAUCUCCGGAAUCGCCCUAUGAUCAUGACUCUGAGAUGGCACUUCCUCCACUCCCCCUCAAAUCUUACCCCCUUGUGGACCUAGCGGAUCUGUAUACAGUAGUCUCCAAGGGGGUCAAUAUUUUGUUGAAUAAAUAUGAACAGAUGCCAAAUGGGGAUCCCAGGUACGAGCUUCAUACGAUUUGUGGUGUGAAUGAGCGGGUUGGCGGUCCUGCUCAAUGGCCUCCUCAUGACCGUGGCCGCUUUCACGUCAACUUCCUGGCUACUCCCAAAAGCCCCUGUGGUGGAAAACCAACUUUGUUUUUUGCUGAAAUUCAAAGCGAUGGCACAUAUGAUUCCUUCUGUUGCCCUGUGGCUCUGCCUCUGCCAUGUGCUGCACAAAUUCGGUGUGUUUACUGCGAAGCCAUGGGGACUAGAAUUGUGCAUCCAGUUGCGAUAAACUUCCGUGGCCGUGAUUCGGCGUUUGAGAUGCUGGCCCGCGAAAAAGACCCCUGUCAGCGCGAGGAAGCAACCUUGAGAAUCAUCAGCCAUAGACGUCUCAUGGCGGAGAAUGUUCAUUGCAAGGAGAAAGAAGAUAUCCUCUACGAUGGGGUGGAUGGGCACAGGAAUAAGUUUGAUAAUGUGAGUUCCUUGAAGGUGGAAGAAGCUAUGUUAUUGGCACCACUUUGUCGCUAUCUGUAAGGUGUUGUGGCAUUGGAAAAUACUGUGCCAAUGCAAGACAAGUUAAAGUUUGUGUUGUCCUAGGAGUUGGGAUGGUGCUCAUGAAAUUUAACAAGUGGUUAACUCGUACUGUUAGAAUAUAUCCAAUGAUGUGUGUUAGUAACGGCAUUUGAAUGUGCCAGCUGAUUGUGUAAUUGCAGUUUAUACGCUCUAAACUAAUUUGGAACUGCUUUGGUUAGCAAUCAUGCAUCUUUGUUGUCAAA